UCAAACAAACUCACCGUACUAAUUUUACUUUAUCAAAACCAUUUCAAGUACACACCGAUCAAACCAAAAACAUAUUCGAAGAUAUUUUCCGGUGGUUCUAUUGCGCACCUUUUCCCGGCCAUUCUCUUCCCUAAGCCCUCAGCAAUCCGAUCGGCGGUUGUUAAGUAAUUCUGUGCGAAGAGCUUGCGAGUGUGUGUUUGGAGUAUAUCGAGAAUGGGUCAAAUCCAGUACUCGGAGAAGUAUUCUGAUGAUACCUACGAGUACAGACACGUGGUUCUUCCGGCUGAGAUAGCCAAACUGCUUCCGAAGAAUCGCCUUCUCGAUGAAGAAGAAUGGCGCGCAAUUGGGGUUCAGCAGAGCCGAGGUUGGGUGCACUAUGCAAUCCACCGCCCGGAGCCACACAUCAUGCUCUUCAGGCGACGACUGAAUCUGGAUGUUAAAGCUCAGCACUAGUGAUGUUUAAGGUGUGCGUUUUCUCUCGAAUAUUUCCUCUGCUCUGAUCUAGAUCUAUGUGGUUUAGCUCUCUCUAAACUACUGUUCCUGCAAUUAAGAGACGGUCGAUCAAAACUGAAAUGAACACUACUAGCGCUUGAUGACUUGAUGUGGUUAAACUGGAGCACGCAUUGCUCUAUGUUUGCAGCAUUAAUGCUCGAGUGCAUAACUUCUCUCUC